AAAGGAGGAAAAGACCUCAACACCAAAACCGCCUCCUGCCAAUCCACCAACCCGCACAUCCGCGCCGCGUCCAUCUAUCUCGAAACCGCCCCAAUUUGCCGCCCGAGUAUCCCAAGAUGGCGUCCCUCUCUGCCGCUUCCCGCUUGUGCCUGCGCUCUGCGGCCAAGCCCGCCGUCCCUGCUGUCCGCGCCCUCAGCUCGACUGCCGUCCAGGCCGCCGGCGCCGCUUCCUACUCGAGCCCCUUCAAGGGUGAGACUACCGGCUCCAAGAUCCCCAACUUUGGAAAGUACGCCUCCAAGAACUCGGCUGCUGGAAACAAGCUCUUCUCCUACUUCAUGGUCGGCUCCAUGGGCGCCCUGACCGCCGCUGGUGCCAAGUCUACCGUCUCAGAAUUCCUCGUCAACAUGUCCGCGUCUGCUGAUGUUUUGGCCAUGGCCAAGGUCGAGGUCGACCUCAAUGCCAUCCCCGAGGGCAAGAACGUUAUUAUCAAGUGGCGCGGAAAGCCCAUCUUCAUCCGCCACCGUACCGAGAGCGAGAUUGCCGAGGCCAACAAGGUCGACGUUGCUUCCCUCAGAGAUCCCCAGAACGAUGACGACCGUGUCCAAAAGCCCGAGUGGCUCAUCAUGGUGGGUGUCUGCACCCACUUGGGUUGUGUCCCCAUUGGCGAGGCCGGUGACUUUGGUGGUUGGUUCUGCCCCUGCCACGGUUCUCACUACGAUAUCUCUGGCCGUAUAAGAAAGGGCCCUGCCCCUCUCAACCUCGAGAUCCCCGUCUACGAGUUCCCCGAGGAGGGCAAGCUUGUCAUUGGUUAAAUUUCCCCUUCUUUGUUUUUGCGGAAUAUCAACGCCACUUGCACAUGGCAAAGUUGUACGAGUAACGGGAGGAAAUUCAGACACAACGCCCCCAUUAUUAGAAAGAAGAGACAGAAUAGGAAUUGGGCUUUUUGCUUUUCUUUUCCUAAUUAUCCCACGCUGGGAAAAAGUUUGGAGGAGGAAAUAUUAUAUCGUCGGGGGGGAGAAAGAAGAACAGCACUCUGCCUAGCGAUUUAUAACGGCAGUGCUUCGCAUGGUGAGGAGGCUUUUGCUGUUUUAUGCAGACGCAGAGCUUCUGGGUUAUUUUUGUUAUACGUGGACCACAAGCACAUUUGUAUAAAAUAAACAAUGUCCUACGAUUUUCUUUGUUGACAUGCUCUCCCCCCCGUUGUUCUAUUUUCUCAAGUGAUCACUGUAGAAGAUGUUUAUAUAAAAAAAGUAAACGGUUUAAUAAUGCAGAAGAAAUGUCUAUUGUAUCUACACUGCGUCAAAAUCGUCUCCGAAUAUCCCGGCCCAGCCAACACCUCUCCUGUGGAGGGUAUUGUUGUAAAACUUUUUGCGUUUAAUUACAUGGCAUCAUUCUUUUUUUUGUUGUGGUGAAUAUAGGGGGUUAUCAAAAUUCUUUUUCAUCUUUUGGAUUGACCUCAUCCAGAAAAUUAGUGACCGUGGCCAUCAUCCUCAGCGGGCAUCUCGGGAUCCAGCUUGAUGAGGGUAUCAAUACGCAUAAUGCUGAUGCAGGCCUCGACAGCACUCUUGAGCUGGCGGACCUUGCUGAUGGAGGGCUCCAGAACUCCGAGCUUGAGCUCGUCGACAACGGUGCCACGCAUGAGGUCCAAGCCAUAGUUCUUGUAGCUCUUCUUGCGGGCAAUGGUCUUCUCGUCGUCGUUGCCCUCGCCGUCCUGGAUGCGCUGGGAGGUGGCGUGUCGCGAACGCAGCUGAGCAACGAGGUCGGCGGAGUCCUUGGCGGCGUUGACGGCCAGCGUCUUGGGAAUAACAAGGAGGGACUGGGCAAACUCGCCAAUGGCAAGCUGCUCGCGGGAUCCGACUGUGCCGGCAAACUCCUCGAGGUAGAUGUGAAGGGCGGUCUCGACGGCACCUCCACCGGGGACGAUGCUGCCGGAUUCUAAUGUGCGCUUGACGGCGCAGAGAGAGUCGUGGACGGAACGCUCCAUCUCGUCGAGGGUGAAGUCGUUGGGGCCACGGAGGAUGCAGGAGGCGGCGGAGUGGACCUUGGUGCCCUUGAUGAUGAUGCACUCGUCGUCGGAAAUGCGCUCCUGGACAACCUCCUCAGCCUGGCCGAGGUAGGCAGGCUCAAACUUCUCGUCACCGUUGAGAUCGGAAAGGGUGCUAAGCAGGGUGGCGCCAGUGGCGCGGGCGAUACGGCGGAGAUCCUCCUUCUUGCAGCGGCGGACGGCCAUGGCACCGCGCUCAACAAACAUCUUCAAGCACAGGUCAUCGAUACCCUUGGUUGUGAGAACGACGUUGGCACCAGCCUUGAGGAUCAUGUCGACACGCUCGAGGACCAUGCCGGACUCACGAGCACGGAUCUGCUCGAGCUGCUGAGGGUCGUCGACGGUGAUUUGGACGCCGAGCUUCAUGCGCUCCUUGGACAGGUUCAUGUCGAGAAUGGCAAUCUUGGCACCCUGGAUGCGCGUAGGCAUAGCCUGGGAGGCAACAGUGCAGUUGAGAGCAUAGCCCUUGACGAGGACAGACUCGAGGGCGCUCUUGCCGUGGGCCUUGAGGAUGUUGACGGCCUUGACGGGGUAUUUGGACUCGUUCUUGUUGUUGGUGGUCUUGACAGCGAGCAUGGCAUCGACAACCAUGUUGGAGAAGAAUUCGGAAUCGGCACCAAUGAUCUUGCUGGACAUGGAAGUCUUGGCGAUGCUGAGGAGAGAGUCACGGCCAAGGUUCUCGACCUUGACGGACACAUUUUCGUUGAGGUACUUGACGGCCUCGCGCAGGGCCAAUCGGUAGCCGGUAAUGAUGGUCGUGGGGUGUAUGCGGUUCUUCAUGAGCUCAUUUCCGCGUCGCAGGAGCUCGGCGGCAAUCAGGACGACGGAUGUGGUUCCGUCACCGACUUCUUUGUCCUGUUGCUGGGCGAGGUCGACGAGGAUCUUGCCGGCAGGGUCUUCGACAUCGAGGAGGCUGAGAAUCGUGGCACCGUCGUUGGUAACUGUGACAUCCUGUGCAUUGGGGGUUAUAGUGAGUAAUACGGUCAAGGAGAAGCGAGGAAUGCGGCGUUGGGUUGUUGGUUACUCACACCGAUAUCGUCCACCAUCAUCUUGUCGAGGCCAGAGGGACCGAAGGAGCUCUUGACGACAUUGGCAAUAGCCUGGGUAGCCAAAACUGUAAGAAAUCACAUGUGUCAGUCGAGGAAACGGUCGAGAAGAUUGUUGUCGGGGCCCAAGGGAAAGCAUAUACCAUUCUGAUCGCGAAUGUCGGAGCCGGAAAUCUUGGUGCCGCCCAAGAAAAGGGUGCCGUUUCGGGGCUGUUCAAACAUGGACGCCAUGUCUGCAGAAAUAUAUCACUUUGGAUAUGUGAUGCUCUGCAGCUGUGAAAGAAAAAUUGCUGGUUGGGAGAGAAAGGGGAGGAAGGGGAGAAGGAAAGAAAGUGGUGAUGGAGAUAAUUCUUCUGCCUU